GUGAAAAAAAUGAUGGUGAAGCAUUGAGCUGAUGUGAGAACAACAGAGGGCACCAGAGACUCCACCGUCCCAAAAAGCAGGUGAUAAAUGAACCACUUCUGGAGAAGAGGAGUUCAUUGCUGUGUUACAGCGCUCCUGAGCUGUUGACAGCAGCUCCCGAGCGGCUGUGCCCCUGCUCCGACACCCACGGCCCCAACAGAUGUCAUCCCCUGCUAGGACGCCCAUGCCUGUGCUGCAACCUUUCUGAGGACUAAACCCACCUGACAGCCCCAGAAGAAGCAGAGACGGCCCAACAUGCAGAACUGCACUGAAGAUAACACGCUGCAGAACGGCAUUCUGCUAUUUCAACUUAUCGUCUACAUCCCAAUGCUCUCUUUGGGGAUGCCCCUGACCAUGAUUGCCUUCUGGGUCUUCUGCUGCAAACUCAAGAGGUGGACCGAGACCAGGGUCUAUAUGAUCAACCUCAUGGUUGCGGACAGUUUCCUGCUCUUUGCCCUGCCUUUUGUGACAUAUUUUACCAAGCACAAGCAUCCCACAGGCAACCUGUGUGCCACCAUAGAGGACAUCUAUUUUAUAAACAUGCCUAUGAGCAUCCUGAUCAUCACCCUGAUUGCAAUUGAUCGAUACAUUGCAAUCAAGUUCCCUCUAAAAGCAAAGAUGCUUCGAUCCCCACUAAAAUCGGCUUCUAUCUGUGUGUUUCUUUGGAUAACGCUGAUAAUUUAUUCCUACUGGCAUCGAAACUUCUAUCAAAGAAAGAAAACAGUCUGCUUUCAGAAAGAAUCCACUCAACCUAAUUAUUCAUUGUUAUUCUCCCUUAUCUUUGGGUUUUUUAUUCCCUUAGGGAUUGUGAUUUUUUGCUCAGUACAAGUCAUCAAAUGUCUCAAAAAGAAGACGGCCACAUGCCCUUGUGAGACAAAGUUAAUCCAGAAAGCAAUCCACGUUAUUUCUGUGAAUUUGUGUGUAUUCAUUGUGUGUUUUUCACCUCUCUACAUCUCACUGCUCUUGCGGUUCGUAGUGGAUUUUGGUGGAACUUGUUCUCUGUUAUUGAAAGUUAGAGCCUCUAUUAAGAUCUGUGCAUGCUUAGCAAAUUCUAACUGCUGUUUGGAUGCAUUUUGCUAUUACUUUGCAGCCAAGGAAUUUCCGGAAUUUCCUUCUGUGUUCCCCACCUGUAUAUCAAUGAGGUUCAAGAUGAACCAAAGCCAAGAGUCACAGCCACCCACAGAUCAAGUCAUCACAUAAACAAGGUGUGGUGCAUUAUAGGUAUUAAGAGCCAGAGUGCUGCUGAAGUUUCGAGGACCACCUACAGCAUUUGCAAUCAUUGUAGGUAUAGGCACACCCACAAAAAGGGGCAACCCCCUCCCAGGGGUCUGAUAUUAACUUGAAUUUUGUCCUUCUGCCCUCAGUGACUUGACUCUACCUCUGACUAUUGUCUGGGAUCGCUGUAUUGCAGCUUCAGGCAUCUCCUAGUCAUGGAGAAUAGAUUAUAAAGGCCAUUGUUUCUGCCAUGUGUGUAUUUGUACACGUCAUACAGCUAAACGUAGGAGACUGAGCACCCUUACAGUAAUACACAAAUCCACUUCUGGCACUGUAAUAUAUACGGACCCUUAAAAACAAGAAAAAGCCCCUAUACUACAAUGCCAGACCUAAUACAUCUGUGCUGCUCACAUCAAAGAAUUUGCUCUUACAGUGGUAGUUUCCUACCAGCCUAUAUAAUUUUGAAGCUUGCAGCUAUCACCAGGAUGCAGUUAUUGCUGUGCAUGGAGUAAACUGCAGAAGUCAGAGAGUGGCCUGAGAUUAUUUCCCUGUUCCUGCCAUAUAACACUUGUAUUAGCUUGUUGCAGCGCCCUGGCAUUUGUGAGACUAAAAUCAUUGUGGGUAUAAAUAAAGUCAUUAUUGCAUGGAAAAACUGAGCUAUGUAAAGCGUUGCGGACCACAGAACAGACCCUUAGCAUUGUGCAUAUCAAGUAUAAAGCUGUGAAGAUCUGACCUCACACAAGUGACUACCAUAAGCCCUGGUGACAGGUUUGUUGUACUUUAAUGGUACCACAUCUUCAAUGGGUGUCCUGUCUGAUGAGAGGUAAUUGCAUCUGCCCCAGUUGUCACAGCCUCACGCUACAGCAGUGGUGAUGUGCAGAAAGCAGCAGUGAGCAACGCGAAGCAGAUGCAGCCCUGAUCCCUCCCUCACCAUCCAUGAACAGUUUUCAGGGGAGGUUCGUUGAAACUGGGGUGUAUAAGGCCCCUUCUGCAGAGACAGGGCAGGCCCACCACUGAUGGCUUCUCGGCAUUGCCCUGUGUGAUGAAGCAUUGCUUUUGCUCUGGAUUUGGGUUUUUUUCCUCUGGCAGCUGCUUGGACAGUACACAGUGGGGGUUCAACAGCUCUCCUGCACCUCAUUUUGAGACAUUUAACUCUUUCCAUGCAUUAUACAGACAGCCUUGAUCUAUCCUAGCUGCAUCCCAGACCAGACAUCAGUUUUAAUGUCUGGCUUUCCAGGUACCAAAUUCCUCUAUAAUAUCUGUGCUUGCUGACUUUGCACCACGUAUCCUCCCACCCCACAGGGAAAUGACAACAGAGCAGCACAAAACAGUUAAGCCACAAAGGGAGGUCUUGGGGCACCAGAAGGAAGCAACCCAUACAGAAACCUGGGCUGAGAGGGGAGCCAAUGCCAGGGUGUGACUACUUUGUGUUUAUCUGCGUAGAUAUUUAAUCUAACAAUUUACCACGUAGUCACUCCAAUAACUUAAAGUCAGCGUGGGAAACAUUCUAGAGUUUUUGAAAUGCAUGCGAUAGCUGUAUGUUGGCUUCAUGGUCCUUGACUUUCAGUGUCCUCUGACUUGUAAACCCCUAAAAAAUUCCUCCGGGGAAUGCAAACCCAUACUCUGCUCAUUUAAACCUACAGACAAUUAACUUUCUUAGUGAUGACUUAUGAAUAGAUUCCCUACAAGUGGCCUGUCACCCCUUGGUGCCUGCAGACCACAUGCUGACACCAUUGUCUAGCCAUGGGCCAAACAACACGGGAAACAACUAUUCCUGUCACAGAAAGCACUCCCCGUUCAAAUGUUAUAUCUACCUGCUUUCUGUCAAUAUUCUGGCAGAGGUCCCAGCAUGAUGGAAGCUGCAGUGAACAACUGCGGCACAAAAAUGGAUGAAACUGCUCAGGUCAUUCAGUUGAUCGUUUAUGUCCCCAUUCUCUUCUUUGGUGUACUAUUUAAUGCUCUGGCAUUACUGGUAUUUCAGUGCAAGCAGAACAAAAGGGCUGUGUGCCUAUGGGACCAACUUGAUCACUGCACACUGUUUGGCCUUUGUUCUACCUUUUAAAGUCUGUUUUCAAAGACAGGAAAAGAUACAAGAGACAAACUGUGUCUAGUUCUGGGCUCCCCGGUUCAAGAAGGACAGGGAACUGCUGGAGAGGGUACAGCAAAGGGCUACCAAGAUGAUUAGGGGACUGGAACACCUCUCUUAUGAAGAAAGGCUGAGGGAUUUGGGUCUCUUCAGUCUGGAAAAAAGACGGCUGAGGGGGGACCUUAUCGACACUUCUAAAUACUUAAAGGGUGGGUGUCAGGAGGAUGGGGCCAGGCUCUUUUCAGUGGUGCCCAGGGACAGGACAAGAGAUAACAGGCACAAACUUGAGCGUAGGAAGUUCCAUCUCAACAUGAUGAGGAACUUCUUUCCUUUGAGGGUGGCAGAGCCCUGGCACAGGCUGCCCAGAGAGGUGGUGGAGUCUCCGUCUCUGGAGACAUUCAAAAUCUGCCCGGACGUGUUCCUGUGCACCUACUCUAGGUGAUCCUGCUCUGGCAGGGGGUUGGACUAGAUGGUCUCCAGAGGUCCCUUCCAACCCCUGCCAUUCUGUGAUUCUGUGAAAUAGUGCCUGAUCUUAAAAACAUCUAUUGCUUAAGGAGACGAUGCAUGAGUGGUGUCACCCUUGCAGUUGUCAACAAAUACGCUGCAAUUAACUAUCCUCAGAGAGGAAGAGGCUUAGGGUCCCUGUUAGCCCAUUCUCCUUUGUGGUGUGCCAUCGAUCUUCAGGACAGGCAUCACUCCCGUGUCCAGGCAAGUGGUGUUCAGCAAGGGAAAAGACUAUUUUUGGAAAUAGUGCAGAGGGCCUCCAAAACCACUUCUGGCUCUGGGAUCCCCUCUGGGAUUUUGCAUCUCAUUGGUUAUAAUGAAUGCCUGUUCCAAACAGAUUAUUAUGAAAUUUUUUAGUAUUUUGAAAAAAGAUGAAGGGUGAUUCAUAUCAACCUGUUAUCCUACUGUUAAUCCAGAAAGCGAACAACUUACUUUUUUGGCAAACCCAGUCACGUUCAUGCUUUCUCCCUGUUAACAUGGGGCAGCUUGUCCAAUUUAAAAUGAGCUCCAAUUAGGUUGUCUACUCUGAAACACAAAAUAGUAAUGUUUUUGUGCACGUGGCCUCAUUUAUAGGCCUCAAAGUAUAGCAAAUACCAACUGUCGUUGAGAUGCCAUUCGUUACUGUUUUGUAACCAAAGAAUUUCUGAGCACUUUCUUCUCAGCCAAGCCUAUAGUUUUUAAAUCAAGGAAGGAUCACAGACAAGGCACUCUACUAAACUAAACAGCUGCCACAGUUUCACCCAAGCCAGCAGCAAAGCACCGCGCAGCCGCUCGCUCAUUCCCUGUCAGUGCCAAAACCAGCACAACAGCUGCACUAAAGAAUUUACAGUUGCCAUUCCUAUACAUAUCCAAGCUUAAUGCUUAUAGACCUGGAUGAAGUUAAUGUUUUUUUCUUGUAAGGAGCAAACUGAGGUCUCCUGCCAUUCAUGUUCUAAAUUUAAAAAAUAAAGGGUUCCUUUUUCGUACUGUGAAGUGGAAAUUUGUUGACUUCACAAUCCCUGUCAUCACUAAAUAAUACUUUUUGUUGUUUGUACUGAACGCAACAAAAGCAAAAAAGGAAAUAUUCUUUUGCUGUGUGAAAAUAAAGUGAAACA